GGCGCUGCCGCCCGGCCUCGCCGGCGCUGCCCCCAGCAGGGCGUGCUCCCUCCGGGCCGGGGGUAGGCGAAGCACCAUGGUGGAGAAGCGGUGCCCGCGGCUGCAGCGGGACGGCGUGUACCGCUGGUUCUCCGAGCUGCCCUCCCCGCAGCGUGUGGAGUUCCUCUGCGGCCUCCUGGACCUCUGCAUCCCGCUGGAGCUGCGCUUCCUGGGCGCCUGCCUGGAGGACCUGGCCCGCAAGGACUAUCACUCCCUGCGCGACUCCGAAAUCAAGGCCAACAACCCCGCCGACCUGGGGAGCCUCACCAACCUGACGGACGAGGUGGUACGCAGCAAACUUUUGGUCUCUCUCGCCUUGCUUGGGUCUGCCCACCGAGAGGCGGCCGGGGUCCUCUUCCGUACCCUCACCCAUAUCGAUUCCGUCAUCAACAACUAUGGGCUACAACUCAACGAGGGCCGCACGGGGGAUGAGUUCCUGUUGCUCUUCACCAUGGCAUCCAACCACCCUGCUUUCAGCUUCCACCAGAAACAGGUGCUGAGGCAAGAGCUCACCCAGAUCCAGAACAUCAUGGCCAGCACCAGCAAGAAUCCCAGCACCUCUACCCUCAACACCAUGGCAACCUAUCCUGGCUGCCAUAAGGUCACUCCAAGGUCCGAGACCCCCAUCAACAGUGUCAGUAACAGUUUGGAAAAUGUACUACAUACAUCAACACAUUCCAUUGAGGAGUCAUUACCCAAGAGGCCUUCGGGGAAACACUCCAAAGUGAGUGUUGAAAAAGUGGAAUUAAAGGGACUGGCACACAAGAAAAAUGAAAGAAAUGUUGAAUAUUCCUUUGAGGUCCUGUGGUCUGAUUCUUCAGUGACGUUGGUAACCAAAUCUUCCACUGAAGUGACUGAAUUUGUUUCAAAGCUAUCUCAGCUGUAUCCAGAAGAAAACUUGGAGAAAUUCAUUCCUUGCCUCGCUGGUCCAGAUUCAUUUUACUUAGACCGGAACCACGUGGACCUGGAAUCGGACCUUAGGUAUUUGGCACCGUUACCUUCCCAUGUGGUGAAAAAUGACCACGUCAGAAAGUUCUUCAGCACUUCAUCUCCUUCACAGCAACUUCAGAGUUCAAAUCCUGGCAACCCUUCCCUUUAUAAAGUGGGAACUACGCUGGGAACAUCUGGAAGGCCUAUCUGUGGAGUGGCUGGCAUCCAGGCUUCUCAGAACCACGUUCAGCACUCGGCUGCUGCCCCCGUUGCACUACCCCACUGCUCCCACGCCGGAGGCACGGGCUCGUCGCUGGCCUAUCGCACCCCGAUGGACACCUCUUCUUCACCCAUGUUAAUGUCUUCCAGUCCACAGACCCCUCAGACACAGGAGCAAAACGGGAUCUUAGACUGGCUCAGGAAACUGCGGUUGCACAAAUACUAUCCUGUCUUCAAACAGCUCACCAUGGAGAAGUUUCUGAGUCUUACUGAGGAAGAUCUGAAUAAGUUUGAAUCCCUCACCAUGGGAGCCAAGAAGAAGCUCAAGACCCAGCUCGAGUUGGAGAAAGAAAAAUCGGAGAAACGGUGCCUAAACCCCACAACACCUUCUUCAGUUACCAGCAGUGGUGUGGCCAGGGUUCCUCCUACGACGCAUGUGGGACCCAUCCAGAGCAUCCGUGGCAACCAUGCUGCAGAGCUGCGAGUGGACGUGGAUCAGCCAGCCCACCCACUGCCCCGGGAGGGCAGCUCUUCCGAGUACUCCAGCUCUUCUUCCAGCCCCAUGGGGAUCCAGACGAGGGAGGAGAGCUCCGACAGCGCCGAGGAGAACGAGAGACGUUUGGAGAUUCACUUGGACGGCUCAGAGAAGGAGAAGCCGGUGAUGUUACUCAAUCAUUUCACUUCGAGCUCCGCCAGACCCACGGCUCAGGUCUUACCAGUGCAGAACGACGCGGGCUCCAAUCCGUCCAGCCACCACGCGCUGCCAAUGCAAAUGAUGUCAGCGGCCUCCACUCACAUCACCCCCAUUCGGAUGCUAAAUUCAGUGCAUAAAUCAGACCGUGGCAAUGCAGACAUGAAGCUACUUUCAUCGUCUAUGCAUUCGCUUUUAUCUUUAGAAGAAAGAAAUAAAGUUUCUCCUGGACCUAGGGGCAGCAUAAAAAUGGAAAAGAGCUUUGGAAAUACCGUGGUGGAUGUAAUGUCUGCGUCUUCUCCCCACCAGUCCUUGCAAGUGCUGUCGGGGGCUGCUGAGAACAGCUCACCCACAUCUACCAUCAACUUUGGUCCUCGAACCAAAGUCGUACACGCCUCGACUCUGGACAGAGUGAUUAAAACAGCUCAGCAGCCGGGAUUAAUAGUAGAAACGAGCACUGCUGCCACCGUAACAUCCAGCACAGUCUUCCACGUGGCUCGUCCACCCAUCAAACUCCUGGUGUCUUCGUCUCUUCCUACUGAUUCUGCCAUCGCCGGACAGACUUCCUGCUCCAGUAAUAUGCAAAUAACGGUGUCCCCUGCAAUAAUAAACCCCCGGACUGCUCUGUACACAGCCAACACCAAAGUUGCCUUUUCCGCAAUGAGCAGCGUGCCGGUGGCGCCCAUGCAAGGCAGCUUCUGCGCCAACAGCAACGCCGCCUCCUCCAGCAGCCACCCCUCCACCUCCUUUGCCACCAUGGCCAACCUGCCCAGCUGCCCCGCGCCCAGCUCCAGCCCCACGCUCUCCUCCGUUGCCGACAACAACUUCUACAGCAGCAGCAGCAGCAGCAGCAGCCGCACGCCGGGGUGCAUGGUGUGCAGCUCCUGCGGCUGCAGUGGGAACUGCGGUUCCAGCGGCAUGACCGUCAGCUACGCUAACUAUUUCCAGCACCCCUUUUCAGGACCUUCCAUGUUUACUUUCCCCUUCCUGCCCUUCAACCCUCUCUGCAGCAACGGCUACAUCAACACGCAGCAGUACAACAGCAGCACCACCUUCCCCGUGGUCCACACCGCCUACAACAGCGGCAUCGCUCCCGACUCCGUCAUGACCGGGCAGUCCACCUUUGCGGUCCCUCCGAUGCAGAACUUUAUGGCGGGGACGGCGGGGGUGUAUCAGGCACAGGGGAUGAUGGGAAACGGCAACGGGGCCGCUCACAAAAAAAAUGGGAAUCUCUCCUGCUACAACUGCGGGGCCAGUGGUCACAGAGCUCAGGACUGCAAACAGCCUCCCAUGGAUUUCAAUCGACAAGGUACGUUUAGGCUGAAAUAUGCUCCUCCUUCUGAAAGUCUGGACUCCACAGACUGAUAUUUUAUCAUCCGGCAAGAAAAAUACUGUAAGCCAUGGAGAUAUAAGGAGAUCGAACUACAAAACUGAGACGUCCAGUUGCUGUUAAGCUUAAUGUAUUUUUUAAUCCAAAGGUGCUUUACUUUAUUAGACUAGGUAGAAAAUCUAGCUUAGGGGUGCAUCAAACCCAUUUUUGAUUGCCAAAUUCAAGCUUGGAUCUUGUUGUUGGAACUUCUGACCACGUGUCGUAGGACCGAUGCGUCCUGGAUGGAUGGAUGGUGGGGCUGGCCAGCUGCAGUUUCUGUCCCAAAUACAACCACCAACCUUUUUUUUUUUUUUUUUUUUUUUUGGCUGGAGAAUGUUGCCAUAACGUGGACUUUUCUAAGGUGAAAUGUCUGACUCCAGGGCAGCUACGUUGUGAAGUGGAAGCUGGAGGCUGAAGGUAGGAGUGGCCGUUUGCCAGAAGGACUUUGGCACCCCUGGGCUAGGUAAAAUGUUCUACUUUUUUUCAAAAGUGAUCAGGCACUAAUCUCUGGGAUUUUUAAAGGAUUGCACUACAGAAGAAUGUAGAACUCUUCGAGCUUUCUGCACUUUGAGCAGACAGUGUCACUCUGAGACCAGUGCAAGAGGCAAGGAAGUUCCAACUUUUACAAAUUGGCACCAGCAGGAUAAAAGUGACUUCACCACACAAAUCUUAACGUCAGUCUCUCCAUUCCCUUCCAAAAGAACACACGGCAGUUUUGGUUCCUUCUGGAAAACCAACUUGUGCUUCAUUGUCUCACUUAUUACUAGACAGUGCUGGGUUCCCAGCAGUGGAAUACACUUAGUUUCCAAGGGUCCAAGUCCCAGAGACUCCAGAGUCAUAAAGGCUUCAAGGAUAUUUUCCUGUAAUACACAAAACAACCUUUACGUCCUGUUACUGUAUAUAGGUCUCUUUCACAGAAACCUUAUUAUUCUGCUUUUGUAAAUGAAUUUUAAACCAUCCUUAAAAAAAAAAAAAAAAAAAAAAGAGAGAGAGAGAGAACUCUGGCAGCAGAGUUUGUAAGCUUUUGCUUUACUUUAUAUAAAAAAAAAACCCCGACCUUUUGACUCCUACCCCAAGGCUUUUGCUACAGGAUUCAGAAGUGGUAGAAGUCAAACAUGUAAAAGGUAGUAAACUUCAUUAUUAUCAAGACUUUGAAGGAUUUCUUGUCAGCCUCCUUCGUUGCAAUAGAUUGUAGAUGACUAGCUUUGGUGUUAACUACUUAGCGUACAUAAUUUGUGGGUGACAAAUCUAAAUUAGGACUCGAGAGGAAGCCAAACAAAUCUUGAACUGCUAAUUUGAAACAGUUUGGUCCUGUCUGGUUGAAAGAAGAUACUAAUCCUCAUGGCUCACCCGAGGAAUUUGACGGCAUUAAAUGGGUGAGGCCUUUCUCUUCAAAACGUCUGACAGAGACAUAUUUGCAUAUUGUAAUUUGGAAGACACCUUUAAAGUCUGAAGCCUUGUUUACACUUGGGAGGUAUUUCUUACACCAAUUUAAACCACACCAGGAUGAGCAGGACGUGUAGAGGCGCAGCUGAGUCUCGCUGGGGGAGUGAGGGCGGUGGUACCCCAGGAGGAGGUUUGGAAGCGGUGCAGAGCUGCCCCGAGGAGAUGGGCCUUGGCCAUGGAAUGUCCAAGGAGGGGGAAACGUGGUAGCUCAACAAGUCAAGACCUCCCUGGACCACGGUCAUAGGAAAGAAAUGCUCUGUGCCACCAUUCAGGUGGUGGGUGGUCAACAGGAGAACGGAGCAUCGCCGGGGAGGCAGGGUGACACGAGGUGACCAGACACCCCGCUGGCUCCAGGGAGCGAUCUGCAGCUCAAAAAGCUAAAUUUGCCUAACAUUUGGGUUUUUUUAAAACUAAAAAAAAAAAGAUUAAUUUUUAUUCCUAUGCAAUGAAAAAAAAAAAACAACCAACCCAUCCUGAUUUGUGUAUUCUCAGCCCGGCUGCCGCCCCCGCAGCAUCGCACACAGGGCUCUGCCUGUGUGUGAGAGGAGGUUACCCCUGUUCCGACCAAGACCGACAACACUAAAGUGAUGAAAACUGACAAUGCAAUUUACUUUGCCUUAAUGAGCUCGAGACAAUGGUAGGAACAGUCUGUCAUACUGUAUUACGCCGAAGGAAACGCGCAGUUUUCAGUGACGAUGUUUACGAUUUCACAGCUUGGAGGGUCUCUCCAGUGGCCUGGAACAUGUGCUGAAAGCCAAACCUUAACCUUUUUUGUUCUUGUUUCUUUUUUUUUUUUCACUUUUUUAAAACAAGAUUUUAAAACUGAAUUGUAUUUAAAUAAACUGUAUUUCGACACACCUGCAAGUGUUCAAAACCCUCUCAAAAUAGCAAAAAUCAACAGCAAAAAAAAAAAGAAUAAUUUCUGUAGGGGUUGUGUUUUGUUUUACUGCCCAAGGUUGGGCACAGUCUCGUCUGAUAUUCAUCACGGGAGUCGAAACCGUAAGAAAAGGACUGUAAAACCGAACUUGUGUCCAGCAAACUGUUCCAUUCCUUUCUCCAGAGCUUGCUUUGGGAUUGUUUCCUUUGUGUAAAGUUAAGGCUGAUGUUUCUUCGAGUGGCUUCUGUGUGCUUUUAAGGUAACGUUUUUAAAUGGUGAAGUCUGGUUUUAAGAGUUAAGUCUGAAUUUGGCGAGUUUUGAGCCCCAUAAAGCACCCUGAGUGUAACAGGGAAGUGGUUGCUGAGCCGGCAGCGAUGGCAGAGCCCUCCCUGAGCCCGGGCCAGUCGUGGCUCCAGAUCUGCUCCUCAACGCUCUCCGCUGCGCACCCAGAGCCACCAAAGCUGGUAAGUCCCAACAGAGCACUUUAGUUCCAUAAAAAUAAUCCUUACUCUGUUUUUAAAAGGCACAAAUCCAUCUAUCCCCCCACCCCCCCCCCUCAAAAAAAAAAAGGCAGCUUCUUUUAGAAUAGUAGCUCCAGCUUCACCGGCUGCAAGAACCAGUUCUUAAAACCUAUUUUUAUACGUUGAAAGAUGGAGAUUUCAAAGAAUGCUAUUUAUUCCUAGCUUUGUCCUGAAAGUAUAACAAAGAAUUAGUUCUCAAAAUGGAUUUCACUGUGGAAUAGAAAUGAUUUUUUUAAGCCUGAGAGGGAAGGGAAUCCCGAGUCGUCCCCCCAGCAGGGACAGGGAGGAGGGAGCGAUGAGCCGUCCCUCAGGGGAGCGAGCGACGCGCGGUGCCCUCUCAGAGGGGUCGGCGACGGAAACACUCGAAAUAGGAUGGAAUUUCCAGCAAACUCCUCCUCACCCUGGCAAAUCUGCAAAUUAAGCAUUAAGAAAUUCUGCCGGGCUCGACGCUGAGCAGCGGGAGAGCGAAGAGGGAAGCCUCAUUUGAGCGAGGUAUCGAUCAGAGAGUUCCACAAUCCUUCUUCCUUCAAAUAACACGGCACACUCCACUUUUUGUGAAACUUUUUCACGCCACGGUCAUUGCAUCUUGGCAAAUCAAACGCCAGACUUCUGAAAAUAACAGUCUAGCACUAGACCUUUCCCGUUACCCCAAAAAAUCCUGUUUCACGCUAUUUCUGGCUGACGAGCUUUUCAGGGUGAAGGCACUCAAAAACGACCCACCAUCUGUGGCAUUCAGCAGAGCCCCCUCCCCGAAAUAACAGUGACAUCCUCUGAAACCCCCACGCAGGGGUUGGCUGUGUUUGUUCCCUGGAGGCCACGGACGCUGGGAGCUGUGGAUGAUUCGGGGUGGGCUGGAACAGCUCUGAAAUCAGACGGAUGUGGGCAAUCCUGGGCAGAAAUCGGAGCACUCUGGGGAGUCUCGACACCGAGACGUCCCCUGCCUGUCACCAUCUCCUGUCACCAACCCUUGGAACUACCCCUUUGCUCUCUUACAUUUCUUUCUGACGUGAGCAAGAAAACCGCGUUGGUACCGAAGCAGAAAAGCAGAUCCUGCGUGUUUUCAAGUGCAGAUUUAACAGCUUCUCUUGGACAGAACUUUCCACUAGGAAUGAAGGAAACUCCUGCUCCCAUUUGAGCCAUUUCUUUUACUUCGGUCAAUUCUAGUAUUACAAAUUGUGCAUGUAACUUUAUAAAUAUUUUAAAUAGUUUUGUAAAUAUUUAAUAUUCAGCUAAUUUGAUUUUGAAUUGUAAAUGUCAAGUAUUCUGGUAUUGGGAUUUUUAUGUUUUAUUAUACUUUGUUAAAAGUAAAAUUGUACAUUUUUAGAAUGUUUUUAUCUGAGUAAAUUUAAUGUAUGGAAAAUAAAGAG